UAUGAGUUCAGAAUAUCCCAUAAUUUCAUGGAAAGAAUUGAUAAAGCACUUUAAACGAUCUUCUUUAUGGGUUGUUAUUGAAGGAAUGGUCUAUGAUGUGACUACUUAUUUGGAUAAACAUCCAGGAGGAGAGGAAAUCUUAAGGAAAUGUGGUGCCAAAGAUGCUACAGAAUAAUUCUUAGAAUAUAAUCAUUCUAAUUAUGCUAGGUCUAUUCUUGCAUCUAGAAUAGUUGGACAAUUAACAGAUGAACCACCACCUCAUAAUUAUGCUCAGUUACUUAAAUAGAGAAAAUAGAGAGUAAAAGUAAAUUCAAAAUACAGAUUAAAAAUCCAUACAAAUAAAUAACUUGGGAAGAAUUAGAAUUCCAUAACACAUCAGAUGAUGCUUGGAUUGUAAUUGAUGAUGAUGUUUAUGAUGUUACUGAUUUCAUGGCUGAGCAUCCUGGAGGAAUGAAGUUGUUAUUAGAUUAAGCAGGAGAUGAUGCAUCUAAAUUCUUUCACAGAAUCAAUCAUUCUUAAUAUGCUCAUUAAAUAAUGAAUGAUUUAUAAGUUGGUAUGAUAGUUGGUAAAAAAUAUAUAAUUAAAUCAAAGGCAUUAAACCAAAAAAAAAGGAAAAAUAAGCACCAACUAAUUAUGUCUUAAUAAUGUUUAUCAUAAUUGUAUUGUUUAUAUUUAUUUAUUUAUUUUUAUUCUGA